CAUGUAAAAUCCUUCCUGGCUGAUGUUGACUCUAUACUUGGUCUAUUGAUUGUGCUGUGAGACUUCCUUCACCACUGUGCCACAUUUUUAUUCCCAGAGAUUAUAAAAGUGUCACAUCUGUCCUGCUGCUACUGUUUGCCUGUGGUGAACUAGACCAGUGUGAGUCCAUUCAAAGCCAUGGCCAUGCUUCGAGUAUCUUCAUACCGAAAGCUGUUUGAAGAGGGCUGGGGGCGAAAUGGAGGGGCCAGUGUGCAGUGUGCGGGACAGUACCGCGCCUCUGCCAGGAGUGCUGCUAUUGACAAGUGUGACUGUGACAAGUUGGACUUUGUGGCUUCCAGAGCUCUAAACAAAGAGGGUUUGAACAGAUUUGUCCAAGAUCGCAUCAUCAUUGCUGGUCUGAAUGACCGUUUAGUCCAGCUCAUUGAACUGGCCCACUGUUUUGAGGAGGAAAAUGAGUGUCUUGAAUGUCAGAUUGCUGAUCUGGAGGACAGGCUGGGCAGUACAGAGAGCUCCAUUAGCUCCACUGUGGCUGUGCCUGACUCCAGCCUGGAUGCGGUGGUGCAGAGACUGCGCACACAGCGGGAUGAGAUCUGGUGUGACUGUGAGGCACUGCGGAAAGAGCUGGAGCGUCUAAAGGAGCAGUGUGAAAAGACAUCACAGCAGAGGUCACUGGUCCAACAGGAGCGCCAGUUUGUCUCAGAGGACGUGGAUGCUGUGACCGCUGAAUGUCUGGCUUUGAGGGAGCAAGUGGCUAUCUAUGAAGAGCAGCUGGCCAACAUGGAGGGCCAACACGAGACGGCAGUGGAGAGUCUGCUGGAGCCUGCAGAAGAGACCACAGGAACAGUGGCAGCCAUUAAAUUUGGCAUCCCUGACAUCACCUCGGCCUUGGAUGUAAAAGAGUACUACUGCCAGCUGGCAGAGAGCCUGCAGUAUGAAUGUGGAGUUUCUUCCUCUGCUGUGGUCCGCAGUGAUGAUGGAAAGCUACUGGAAGCUGGAGGAGCUGUGGGGUCAAAAGUCAAAAGCCCGCUUCAGAUAAAGGAUAUCGGUGAAAUAAAGGCGCUGGCCUCAGAGCUGCAAAUGGAGCUUGCAGAAUUAGAGAAGUACAAUGAGGAAUUGGAGGAGCAAGUUGACAUAAACAAGACCUCAUACGCCGAGGAGAUUGCUGAGCUGGAGUGCACUAUAGACGAGAUGAAGCACCAGGAAGCAGAUCUGCAGUUUCAGAUGAAGGAGCAGUGUGAGGACUACAGGGAGCUGCUGGGGCAGAAGAUGGCCCGAGAGAUGGAGAUCUGUGCCUACAGGAGUCUGGUGGAGGAAGAGGAGCAGAGACUGUGCAUCCUGUGAGCUGUGUUGAGGAGCUGCGCUAGCUUUGUAGACCGAGACUUCAAUAACACAUCCCACAAAACGUCAACUUAAAAG